AUGGUAUCAAUUGAUACACUUAAACUGAUUACCAAACAGUUGGCUAUUUAUGGCAAUUCAGCAUUAUUGAUUAGUGGAAUCAUUAGUUCAUGUGCUAAUGUUUUUGUAUUCUCACGACGACAUUUACGUAAAAGUCCAAGUUCUCGGUACAUACUCGUAACAAGUUUAUUUGAUUUUUUCAAUAUUACAUUUUCCGUUACAACACGUUUAAUGAUCGACGGAUUUGCAUUCGAUCCAUUUUCAGCAAACAGUUAUGCUUGUCCAAUUCGUACAUAUUUAGCAUUUAUAUUUUCAUUCUGCCCGAUGAGUUGCCGUUGUUUAUCAAUCAUCGAUCGAUAUUUAUGUUCAUCUCGAUCAGUAUUACUUAGAAAUUGGAGUUCGACUAAAGUAGCUCAUCGGGCUUUAUUUAUUAAUUGCCUAUUUUGGUUGUUAAUCGGUAUUCCAUUAUUGAUUUUCACCAAUCCAAUUACCGUUAGUGUUACUCGAAUAGUAUGCAAUUUUUCAAAUCAAUAUUUUGGCAACUAUUAUGCAUAUUUUCUCAAUCCUGUUGCUUAUUUUGUGACACCAUCACUUAUAAUGAGCAUAUUUUCGAUUGGAACAUACAGAAAUCUUCGAGUAAUGAUAAGAACACCUCAUGUAGGAGCACAACGACGUAUAGAACAACAAUUUAUUCUCAUGAUUAUUAUUCAAAGUGUAGUAUUUACAAUUUCAUCUCUUCCAAAUGGAAUUCGUCUUGCGUAUACAAUUGCAACAAGUGCAGUACAAAAGAGUGCUUAUCGAGUAGCUCAAGAAGGUUUAUUUUAUGAAGUAGCUUUAAUAUCUUACUUCAUUAGUUCUGGUUCUUCAUUUUAUAUUUUUAUUGGUUUAUCGAAAGACGUUCGUUCAGUAGUGUUAGAGAAGAUUCGAAAGAGACCAUCUAUCCUUGUAACAAUAAAACAAAAUCGCGUCGGUCCAAGCAUUAAUAACCAACUCAUGGUAGGUGCCAAUAUGAACAAAUCAUUUACAGGAAUAUCGGCGACAAUUACCAAAUAA